AUUAAAAGUUGAAUCUAUAAAUUAGAAGCUUAACGUAAAUCAAGUGUAAAAUAUCAUCAGACAUGAAAUCACCAAAUAGUGAUGAAUAUUAUUUAACAAGGAAGCAAAGUAGUUCACAUAACUAGGGAUAGGAAACAAAUGUAUUUAAAAGCUAUAAGUAAACAUUAAAUGCACAAGACAUGUUUGAUGGAAAUAAUUGUUAUCAUUUUCAUGGAAUUCACUUCUGCUCAACUUCAGGACCAUAUAAUUCUGUGGGAUGGCAGUAACUGGAGGUUCAAAUAUCUAAUAUUCUGCUCUCUGAUUUGACCACUGGGGAAUCUUAGAGCACCCCAAUUUCGGCUAAGGAAAACGUGUCAAAUAUCAUGGACUACAAAGAAUCUUUGAGACAUGGGAUUCAAAGAAAGUCAAAAUGAACUUUACGUUAAUGAAGGUGAUAAUUUAAUAUUUAUUUGUCCACGAAACCGCACAUUUUCUCAAAAUAUUUUCUGGACUGACGAUCCUCGUGUACUAAUGAAAUGCAAUGAAACUCUGCCUAUUAAGGUUAUCAAGCUUUUGGAUUGUUUUGGCAAUGAUUCAAUCAGGGACUUCGUGCUCAAGGUUAGUCAAUUCCCGGAAAUAGCAUCACUGCCAAGUUUUCAUUACGACACUCCAGUGCAUUUUGUGGCUCAAUCUGUUAUUUGUCACAAUAACAACUUCCGUCUCAGCGUCAGACUGUCUCCUCCUACUAUUACAGGUGUUGGUGAUAGACCCAGUAAUCAUUUUCAGCCUAAGAUAAGAUCUCGACUCUUUAAUUAUUCUAGAAAAUCAUCUUCAAACUUAAACAGUGCACUUUAUGACCAAAUACAAAAUGAACAAGAAGGUUGGAAGCAAAAUCUGUCGUCGUCAACAUAUCGAACUCCUAGAAGCAAUGGUAAAGAAAGAUGGGCUUGGACUGAGUACAGAUUUUUACUUUUACCAGCCACCUUAGCAUUUUUUACACUUGUUGGUAUGCAAAUUGUUCUAUGCGGAUUUUGGUUGUCAAGUUCAUUUACAAAUAAAUUUCAAAAUUGUUUUAAUAAAUCCAAGCACAUAAAGAGACCACAACCUGGCUCAAAUCACAAAGAGACCGAGAACGAAUUGCAAAGUCCCUUUUUUUAUACACCCGGAUAUAUUCCUGAUGGCGAAAAAUGCUUAUGCUGGAGUGUGGCAUCAUUAACAAACAGUUCUAGUGUGAUAUACACAAUGAAAAACAACUAUUCCAAUUCCACACAUUUUAAUUAUCGUAGUCAGUCAAGUAAUUAUGAUCAUCACAACCAUUAUUGUUGUAAUAACUAUCAAAGUCAAAAUUAUCAGUAUCAGCAGCGUCCACUACUCCUCAAGUAUUCAGCUAAAAACUUUGGGUUUGAUAAAUUUCCUGCCACACAAAUCAUUCCAGACACAUUGACUGUUUUAUCAAAUCAUUUUUGCGAAAUACCUGAUGUCAGAUUCUGCAGUAAUCAAAAGCAGACGGUAACACAACCAGCUUAUACAAUUUUGGAAUUUGACAAUAUGUGCGAAAAAGUAUUUUAGAACCGCUAAGAUAAGAACUGAAUCCGUUUUUAUAUGUAUUUAAUGGUUUCAGUGUUGUAAAAUUUUUCUUUCCUCAAAUAAAAAUACAUAUCUGUUAGAUUUAUUAAGAAAACUAAUAUAAUUCAGAUUGAUACAAGUCCUAUUCCUAAGCUGUGGUUCUGUAGUAUAGUCAAACAACAAGAUAAUUUGAACAUAAUUCCAAUUAUUUAAUUUCUAUUUAUUCAUAUCACGUGACAUAAGUUAUUUGUUCACUGCAAAUGAAAAAAUGACAAGCAUAUGCUUUACCGAAAUAUGUGUGUUACUGCACAUAUGAUGUAUUCGUUUUACACUAUAUUGUUCACUUUUUAUUUUCAAAAGACUAAUACAACAUAUAUUACGAUAUAAAUGGUUUACUUUGCAUUUUACCAAUACAUGAACAACUUUUUCU